AUGGAUCAGAGAAACAAGACCAGAGUCAUGGAGUUCAUUCUCCUGGGCUUUCAAAAUGAGAAAGAAGUAGAACUUCUUGUUUUUUCUGCCUUCUUGCUCAUGUACAUGAUAUCUCUCAUUGGCAACUCCAUGAUCAUACUCCUGGUAUGUGCUGAUUAUCAUCUGCACUCACCCAUGUAUUUCUUUGUAGCCAAUCUUUCAUUCCUUGAGGUCACUAUCACCUCCACAGUGGUACCAAAGAUGCUAGCCAACACAUUUUCCUUUACCAAAGCAAUAUCCUUCACGGGAUGUCUCACACAGUCUUUCUUCUACUUCCUUCUGGGAUCCACAGAAUUCUUCAUUCUGGCUGUCAUGUCCUUUGAUAGAUAUGUUGCCAUAUGCAACCCCUUGAGAUACACCAUCAUCAUGAACAGACACACAUGUGUCAUGCUAAUUGUGGGAUCUUAUGUGGGUGCAUUUUUGGUCAUUUUGCCAUCCUCCAUCUUAACUGCUCCUCUGCCCUUUUGUGGACCAAAUGUCAUCAAUCACUUCUUCUGUGACAGUGCCCCGGUGCUAAAGCUGGUCUGUGCUGACAUCUCCAUGGCUGAGCUAGCAGACUUUAUCUCCUCUGCUGUGCUGCUCCUGGGUUCCCUGCUCCUGACUGGAGUGUCUUACACCUAUAUCGUCAUUACUAUCCUCAGAAUUCCCUCUGUCCAGGGACGCCAGAAGACCUUCUCCACUUGUGUUUCUCAUCUGACUGUGGUUACACUUUACUACGGGAGCUCCAUCUUCAUCUAUGUCCGGCCCAAAAAAGGCAAUGUUAUGGAUGUUAACAAAUUUGCCACAGUGCUGAAUACCAUUGUAACCCCAAUGCUGAACCCUUUCAUUUACAGCCUCCGAAAUGAGAAAGUCAAAGAAUCCCUAAGAGAUGCCUUCAGCAAAUACAUUGGUGUGCUAACAAAUUUAAGAUCUCAAAAAUGA